AUUGCGGAAGAAACCAUGCCGCCCCAGAAUAUUGCUGGCACUGCGUCUGCACAGAUAUAUCCAGCCGGGCAGGCAGGUUUUUCGUACCAGAAAUUGGUGUUCUGAACGUGAGCCAAAAAAAAGGCACCCGCACUCACACGAGCUCAGCAGCAUCAGUGUAAGUCUGUGAGCAGACCCUCCGGUGUCCUGAUUGUGCGUGUGUGUGUUUGUGUGUCCGUGAAGCUGGCGACGCACCAAACACAACAAACCAAGUGAGUGAGAGUGUGUGCAAUGUAAGCAAGCACGGGGGAGCAAAGCAAUGGAGUGAAAACGUGGGGGAGGCAAAAAGGGUUCUUCUGCACUUCCACUCCCCCCCCCACCUUGGGGAGGAAAACUCUCCCCCGUGCACAGUGAACCGUACCGUGUGUGUUUGUGUGUGCUGGAAUUGUCCUACAAAAAGUGUAUGUAAUGCAAAAAAGAUUAAGUUUCGCAUGCAACGGUUGAGUGUUUGCAUUUCGUGCGAAGGCUUCUUCACUCUAACGGCAGCAAACUUGUGCUUUACGACAGCAGGGUUCCCUCCCUGUGACGGGUGUGUGUGUGUGCCUGUGUGCUAGUGCAAAUAUAGGUAUAAGUGGGCGCACGUGUGUGUGUGAGUACAUAGCUGUGAAAAGCGUCAAGAAGCAACGUCAUCGCGCGGGAGGAGGUGAAAUCUAAAUACCGUACCCGAGCGGAGUUCCGGUAGUGGUGGAAGCGGUGCAAAUUUUCCUCUCGGAAAACGGUUUUUUUGUUGUGUCUUCUCCCGAGCACCCGCCCAAAGCUUCACACCACAUUUCCGGCUACGGGCUGUCGUUUCCGCCUGUCUGCCAACGCACUACUUCUCCCCGGGUGUCACUCCCUCCCGCGGUGGUGCACCCUCGCACUCGCACAUAAUUGACUGUAGACCGGGAGCCACCGAAACGCCGCCACAUUGGAAUACCAGGAGGAGAGUUGUGCGUGUUCGCACAACGUGGAACCGCCGCCACCGUCCUGCUGCAGAGUCAUGGUUACCAAAAUAUGGAGCAGCUGCAUGCCCAAACCGAGCAGCUCACCGAACCGCGUCGAACGGCAUCACUUCUAUCUGUGUCAGUGGCAAAGCAGCACCCAGGUCGGUAUAUGCUACCUGCUGUACCGGCUGAUAGUAGCGAUCGUGUUUCUGGCGAUGCUCGUCUGCUCCGUGCUGGACAUUGGGCGCUCCGAGCCAAUGUUCGAGCAUCACUACGCCAAAUGGUGGAUCUACCUGACGCACUGGGCCCUGAUGGCGUGCACGGUGCAGGCCUGGCUGGCAGCCAUCAUCGUCACCAAGGGUCUGAUGAUUGACCGGAACGAGUUCGAAUGGAACAUUCACGUCGCACGGGAAAGCCGGCUACACUCGGUCUACUGGAUUGCGUACACGAUUGCGACCGUCUACUCGUUCAUCGUCACCCUCGUCUACUGGAUGUUUGUGUACGACUCAAGUAAAAACCGUGUCGAUGCCGUUAAUCUCAUGGUGCACGUGCUCAACUCCAUCAUUAUGCUAAUUGAUCUAACCAUCGUUGGACACCCGAUCAAGCUAAACCAUGCGUACUGGACGACCGGUAUCGGGGUGGCCUACACGCUUUUCUCCAUCGUCUACUACCUGGCGGGCGGAACGGACAGACACAAUGAUACCAACAUCUACAAAAUGCUCGACUGGACCAAGCCGGGCAAAUCGAUCGUGAUCUGUGCGCUCGGCAUCUUCGCCGUGUUUCUGAUGCACUUUCUCUGCUACUGCCUGUACUGUCUGCGGGUGUGGCUGUACGCGCGCGUCUGCGUCCAGGGCAACAAUAGCAAGUCGAGCAGCAACGAGAAGAUCACCUCGAUCACGCGAACCCUCUCCUCGAUGGAGGAAGCGCAGCGGGAAAACUUCCUCAACCCGACCGCGGUCGUCGAUCUGAAAGAAUCGCGCCAUGACGGGCGUGGUCCGCGCCAGGUGGCCUCACUGCGCUAGUGCACUUUCUGCUCGACCAACUGCUCGAUCCCACACAUGCACUGACACACACACACAGAGUUAACAGCGAUCCGAUCGGUUGGAAGCGCGGGCUAAGAUGGCGCAGCCCGCGGGCGACAACAGCAUGGUGUGGUGUUUGUGCACCGAGGGAUUGUUUUCUUUUUUUUUGGUUUGAAGUGUGUGUGUGCUUCACGUUUAUGUUUUUGGGCGGAGGAUGAUGAUGCAUCCGUUUGUUCCGCGCUCGCACCGAUUUUAAUCCGACAAGUUGUAUAGUUGCCAUAACCAAAAAAACGAGGGGAUCGUCAGCGAGAGCCGGCCGUGCAAAAAAGGGCGGCAUAUCUGUUUCAUUCGGUGGCCGCAGCAGCAGCAGUAUUAGCCAAAGCACCGAAGAUGUUUCGACAUUCCAGAAUAGGCGGAGGAGGGUAGGGACAUUCCUCACAUUCACACUCUCCCUCUUUCUCUCUCUCCGGCUCUGACUGUUUGGCUCUCUAUCGUCGCGGUUUAGAGGUACGCACAAAUUCCAAGGCGUAUGGUAAGCAGAUUUCAAUACUCGCAUUUACAGUAUUUUUCAGCAUUUCAGUUGGUUGUAAGUUUAGGUAGUGAAUUUAUUAAACGAU